AUGGGCCGAACACGGCCACAUGAAACGGCCAGCAGAUUUUGGAGCCGACGUGUGGCCAAAACGUCCAGCCAAGGCUUUGUCGAGUCGCUUUGCACGAUUGUGGUAGAGCACGAUUUGGCGGGGCAUAGUUCGGUGCAGAUUGGUUCCACGGACCGGGGGUUUAGUAUGCUGUCUCGCUUGCUCGAUUUUACUCGUUCACGCCAUCGUGAUUUUUUGCAUGCCCGUAAAGGUAGUCUAGCGGAGUGCUUUUGCUGCUGUUCUUUUUUUGGGUUCAUCCGGGUUUGUUGGCAACCUAGCCUGUCGGCCCUCGUUGGCCACUUGCCGAGUUUCUUGAAACUAGGCGUCAAUGGCGUGGCUCAGACGGGUUCAGAGCGGAAGCAGGACUUGGCAGGUGCAGUGUUAGACGGCUCCAAUGAUGCGCUUCGCUGUGCGGACUUGCCGACUCGCAGCGCAGCGACGGCUCGCCCCAACUUUGCCACGACACAGCCGGCUUGCGCAGAAUCAGGACACCUCUUCCGCGCAGGCUGA